GUCUGGAUCGACUUUUCAUUCCCAGGAAUGAAGGGCACCGGUGAUGUGAUGACGCUGCUGAUCUGCCUGGACUUCGAGUCGUCGGCUUUCGAGAGUGCAAACGUCAUGGAGAAGGGCGCGGCGGAUUGCGGCAUCAAUGUCUUGGUGCAGGCGUUGCAGUUUUGGGGCCGCAAGCGCGUGGUGGCGUCGUGUGACCAGGGGAACGUGAUCACGGCGCAUGCGAGAGCGGCAGCAGCCGCACGAGACGAGGAGACGGUGUUGCAGGUCGGCCCAAGGCUCGAUUCCAAGUCCAAGGGUCCGAUCGAGGCGGCUGGAGGCAGAUUCCAGCAGCUCAUUUGCGCACUCGUGCACACCGUCAACGCACAUUACAAAGUGGAGCUGAAGCCAAGCGAGCCGAUGAGCAGUUGGUUGACGAGGCAGGCAGGCUGGACCCUCACGAGGUUCACCGAGCGAGUAGAUGGGCUGACACCGCAUCGUCCGCUCAAAGGACGAGAUUACCACAGUCAGAUCGCAGAGUUCGUGGGGACCGCGAUGCACAAGUUACCCCCCGGUGCCGCUGGGAAGAUGGAAGCCAGAUGGGACAAGGGCAUCUGGCUCGGCAAGGCGAACGUCAGCGAUGAGCACAUGAUCGGCGCACCGCGGGGACGGGUCUUUGCGAGAUCGAGCGCCAGGGGGCCCGACGAGAAGCGGUGGAACAAGAACCUCUUUAGCCAGAUCAUCUGCACGCCUUUCGACCCGAAGGCAACGCUGCUGGCGCCGGAGGCCGUGGACAGGCCGAGGUACCUGACCACGGGGAUUCUCAACUGGUUGGGUCGGAGACCUGGCUGCCCAGCUUGCGACGAGACGGGCCAGCACCACGCUGCGGGUUGCAGAGCCAGACUGGAGGCUUUGCUGGGCGCGGAGGACAUUGCGAAGGCCUGGCAGCACAGGCUGGAGCGCGAGCUGAGGCACCGCCACUGGCUCGGGAAGCGGCCAGCAGCAGCUCCCAGCGAGGCAGUAGACGCGGCGAUGGAUCACGAGGAGGAAAGCGUUGAGAUGAUGGCGCAGGAUCCCGUGGAAAUUGCCGAAAGAGCGAAGCGACAGGUCUCAGAGAAGGAGGAGACGCCAGAGAGCAAGAUGUCGCGCGUAGUCGGCGGGCUGGCCGUCAACGUCAUGCCAAUGGAACUGUGCGUGGUGGAACUUGGCGAGUACGCCGCGGAACCGUGCGAGGAGAAGGAUCUUUCCAACGUCAAGGGGGCGCUCUCUGGACAGCUGCUUCCAGCAGAGAAGGUUCGAGAAGGAAGAGCUCGAGAGCGUGCCAAGAUGAAAGAGCAUGGAGCGCUCAACCGGGAUCACGUCACGGAGGCGAAAGGCAAGCGCGUUAGGGGCAAGUGGUUCGUGGCCAUGCAGGUUGCCUGCCAGGCGCGCGACGACGCAUUCGCUGGGACGCCCCCGUUGAAGUUCGCCAGGCCGGCACUGGCGCUGGCAGCGACGUUCAGGAACCACGUGAAAGUCUACCUGACCGGACUCUGGGACAUCAGCAACGCGUUCUUCCACGCUGAGAUGGAUGUGGACGUGUACGCGGUGCCGCCCUCAGGCGCGGAGGAGCCGAAUGUAGUUUUGCAGUUGCGGAAGGCGCUGCAUGGGACCAGGAGAGCGAGCAAGCUGUUCCAGCACAAGGUCAUUGGGGCGUUGACCGAUCAGGUUUUCAUCCGCACGAUGGUGACGGUGAUGGUGUUCUACCACGUCCAGAAGGGCAUCUACAUCGCGGUGCGCGGAGACGACGUCAUCGCCGUGGGGGCGCUUGAGGGCCCGAGGUGGCUGAGCGAGAUCCUGGGGCGAAGUUCGAGGACAGCGGUCGAGGCCUACGGGAAGCUACCAGCGGCGAGGGGGAUCUCGCCGGCUUCCAAGAGCAUCGGGAAGGAGGUGCCAACGGCGUUGGACAAGCUGGGAUACGCGGAGAAGAGGCUGUUCCAGUCGGCGGCGCCGACGGCACUGUACUUGGCAGCAGACAGACCUGACAUCCAGUUCGCGACGAGCUGGAUCAUGCGCGGGGUGCAGGAGCCACUGGUGCUCCACGAGCUGGAGCUGAAGCGGAGCCGCUGUGGAGGUUUCGAGUACGUCGGCAAGGCGUGCAUCGGCAGUUGGGCUCGUCAGCAGGCGACGCGUGCGCUGAGCAGUGGAGAAGCUGAGUAUGUGGAGAUGACCAACGGCGCUUCGCGGGGGAUCUUCACGAAGAACCUGUUCGAGGAGAUGGGCAUCAAGACGACGGUGACGGUGCGUGGCGACAGCACCGCCGCCAUCGGGAUAUGCUCGAGGCUAGGUGUCGGACGCAUCAGACACCUGGACGUGAAGUACCUGUGGUUGCAGGAGAAAGUGGCCGAGAAAGAAGUGCGCACCGCGAAGGUGCCGACGGCUGAGAACGCAGCGGAUCUGAUGGCGAAGGCUCUGGAUCCCGCUCGUCAUCACGAGCCUGUGAAGAGGCUGCCCAUGACCUUGGAGAUCGCGAGGGGCUUACCAAGGCAUGGGCACAGUGAGGUUCCAGCAGCUGUGCGUUUCACAGUGAUUGCUAUGCUUCUUUGA